AUGAAGCUCACCGUUAAGACUCUUAAGGGUCGUCAUUUUGAAAUUAGGGUUUUGCCCUCCGAUACGGUAAUGGCGGUGAAGAAGAAUAUAGAGGAUUCACAAGGAAAAGACAAUUAUCCAUGUGGGCAACAAUUGUUGAUUCACAAUGGAAAAGUUUUGAAAGAUGAAACUACUUUGGUGGAGAACAAGGUUACCGAGGAAGGUUUUCUUGUCGUCAUGCUUAGCAAGAGCAAAACUGCAGGUUCAGCUGGUCAGUCGUCAGCUCAGCCUACUUCCGCUACUACGUCUACCACAUCUUCGACUAAGCAUGCAGCUCCAUCUACAGCCCAGACUACAGCUGUGCCUGCUUCACCUAUUCCUGCUCAAGAACAACCGGCGGCACAAACUGACACCUAUGGACAAGCUGCUUCAACAUUGGUUAGUGGCAGUAGUCUUGAGCAAAUAGUCCAACAAUUAAUGGAUAUGGGAGGCGGAAGCUGGGACAAAGAAACAGUCACUCGCGCACUUCGUGCAGCUUAUAACAACCCUGAGAGAGCAGUGGAUUAUCUGUACUCUGGAAUUCCUGAAACUGCUGAAGUAGCUGUGCCAGUACCUGGGGCUCAGAUGGCAGGAUCUGGUGCAGCCCCUGUCCCAGCUGUGUCUCGAGGACCUAACUCGUCUCCUUUGGAUUUAUUCCCUCAGGAAACAGUGGCUGCUGCUGGCACUGGUGAUCCUGGGACGCUUGAAUUUCUUAGAAACAAUGAUCAGUUCCAACAAUUACGCACCAUGGUCCAUUCCAACCCUCAAAUUCUCCAGCCCAUGCUUCAGGAACUUGGAAAGCAGAACCCUCAACUUCUGAGGCUAAUCCAAGAGAACCAGGCAGAGUUUCUGCAGUUAGUAAACGAACCAUACGAGGGAUCUGACGGGGAUGCUGACAUAUUCGAUCAACCCGACCAAGAAAUGCCACAUGCCAUUAACGUCACCCCUGCAGAACAAGAAGCGAUCCAAAGGCUCGAGGGAAUGGGAUUUGAUAGAGCCUUAGUAAUAGAAGCCUUCCUCGCGUGUGACCGUAACGAAGAAUUGGCAGCUAACUAUCUAUUGGAGAACUCAGGAGAUUUUGAAGACUGA